GAGUUUCAAAAUUGUCAAGUUAAACCAUCCAUCAUCCAUUCAUGAUAAAAAUAUUAAGAAAAUGUCUCGAUUAGAUCAAUCUAGUCGAGACCUUUGCGUAAAAUUUUAAUGGAUCAUCAUUUAAAAUGUCAACUGUGCGGUGAAAAACUUCAAGUUACUUCCAAUUGCCUGUGUACGUUGGGAGAGCAUCUCCUAGCCAAACAUCCAGACGUAGAGUUAACCUUCUUUACUAGUUUGGAAAAUUUGUUAUCCUGGAAAUUAGAUUUAGGAGAGAAAGCAAGAGAAUGUAACAGGAAAGUGAUUAGCUGUAGAAAAUUAUCUGCUGUAAAGAUAACGAAGAGCAGUCGAAGUGGAAGUGGAGGUUAUAAAACUACAGUAGAGACUUGGAAACCUGCCCAACUGGAGUUGGCUUGUCCCCAAUGCAGAAAGAAGGGUCAACCUUCUAUGCGGAGACAUAAAAAUAAAUUUACAAAUACAUCAUUGGGAGCAUUCUGUAUGUUAAGCUGUUGGCCUGCGUGUUUUCUGCCGUUUAUUGUACAAAAAAAGAGUAUUGUGGAGUUAUACUGUAAAAAUUGUGGAACUUUCUUAGGAGAAUAUAAUAGAGCAACUGGAACACUUAGCUGUAUUUGCAGCAAAUGGAACAAGAAAGACAUUUAGCUGAGCUGUAAAACAAUGUUUAUUUUAUGUGUUGCUAAUUUAUGUCAAUAUAUUAUAAUACUAUUUGUUCA